GAUCCACGAUGCUAAACACAUCCCCAGCUGAUUAGACAUGGUUGCUGCGUUAUGAGGUGAUCGCCAGGCACGGGACUCGGCCGCGUACCAGCUCUCCGUCGGCCUCGUUGCGGCGGAAGAACAGCAGUAUAAGAGCGACCCAGAUCGCAACACCGAAUAUCUCCUCCUCGUAUCCGCAUACCCGACCGAGAACAAACGAAGAAGCCUAAAACAGUAUACCGUUACUUGCUGUCACCAUGGUCUCGUUUACCUCCCUCCUCGUUGCGUGCGUCUCCAUCGCGGGAGCGAUCGCCUCGCCCCUUAACAACACCGAGUUCGAUCUCCUCGAGAAGCGCCAGUCUACGCCGAGCGCCACCGGCCGCCACAACGGCUACUACUUCUCCUGGUGGACCGACGGCGGCUCGCAGGUUACCUAUACCAACGAGGAAGGCGGCAGAUACAGCGUGAGAUGGAGCGGAGGCGGUGGUAACUUCGUCGGCGGCAAGGGGUGGAACCCGGGAGGCCCCAAGGAGAUAACGUAUUCCGGGACAUACCAGCCCAACGGCAACAGUUACCUCGCUGUCUACGGUUGGACACAGAACCCGCUCGUCGAGUACUACGUCAUCGAGAACUACGGCACGUACAACCCGGCCUCGGGUGCGCAAAGGAAGGGUUCCGUCACCACCGAUGGCGGCACCUACGACAUCUACGUCAGCACGCGCUACAACCAGCCCAGCAUCGAGGGCACCCGGACCUUCCAGCAGUACUGGUCUAUCCGCACGCAAAAGCGGACCGGCGGCACCGUCUCGACCGGCAACCACUUCGCCGCCUGGGAACAGGUCGGCCUCAAGCUGGGCACGCACAACUACAUGAUUGUCGCCACCGAGGGCUAUUUCAGCAGCGGAUCGGCCACCAUCACGGUCCAGACGCCGCCUUAGGCCACUAUACAUACGCGCGUGGCUACGCCGCCGUCCUGCAACACGUGAAGGUAGCGUUACCUAACGUGAGACGGGCGGGCUUACGAGAGCGCGCCGUUUGCGGAUGCAGCAGCUGACUGACUGCGGUGGACCUUCGAAGUCGGAAAAGAGGUGUGUAUAGUGUGUGCUGCUGACCUCCUUUCCGCGCCCCGAGAGAAAUCCACUCGGACGCUCGCCACAGUAUAGUCGUGAGGCUUGACGGUCGAAUCGUCGGGAGGCAAUUAAGAAAGCAAAGCAUUCCUGCUCAGCGGCGAGGUGCGCGUGACUCUUGAUAUUUGCCCCUAGGCGCUCCAAUCUUCUUCCUUGGCUCCAGUGACUGUCCCACCUGCGGCUGUAAUAGAGGGGACUGGGCUUCCUCGCUGGGCGUCAUAUCCGAAUGUAUGUCUUACUUGCCACUAUCGACCAACCUGUUCUACAAAAAGACUCUGCAUUCGGCAUUUAAAUAAUUGGUCUCUGCCGUCGUCAGAUUUGGGUCUAUACUCGGCCAGAUCUCGCUAGACUUACGAUCCGGUCGGCGCUCGCUGUAUCCAAAUAUACACCAGUCUUAUCAACGCCGCGUCGCCGGAUG